CAUUUUUGUGUGAGUGUAAGUUUCGAUUCCGAUCUGGCUGGUUGUCUGACGGACGUGCUGCGUCUCUUUUGUUGUGUUUUUUUUUGCGAACGAGCGAAGAGCGACAGGACCUCUGCGCCCGUAUACAAACUGAUUUUUUUUAUUGUUGCAAUGCAAUAUUCGCGGAACGAAUAACAACAACAUACAUAACUCAACAUUCAAGUGCAAAGCAAAUACAAAUCAAACACAAACGAAAAAGCCAACAAAAUAAAGAAAUAUUGAAAAAACAAAACGAAAAAAUUCGCACAUUUUUUCCGUCUUGUCCAGUGGAAAAUACAACAAAUUUAAAAAAAAAAAAAGAAAACAACAACGGCUAAAUCAAGUUCAAAAUCUGUUCAAAACCGAUCAACAAAAUGUCUGCUGAUAUUCUGCAGAAAUCAAGAGAGCAGGAUGAAUCGCAUUACUUCGAGCGUGGCGAUAUAUCCAAAUACGUAACGAUGAACGAUCACUUGGGUGAUUUGGAUCGCAUACAACGCGAGGUGCGUAAGGAAAUAAGGAUGCUCCUCGUCCACGGCGUCAACUCGGAUCAGCAGCAGCACCAGCAGCAACAGCAGCAGCCACAUCGCCUCCAUGGCGCCCUCACACGCACCAUUUCACAGCCGGCCCAGCUCAUCCAGCAGCAGCAGCAGCAACAACAGCAGCAACAGCAGCAGCCACCUGUGUCCAGUCUGGUGACCAUCACCGAGAACCUGGGCAACAUGAACCUGCACCGGAAGCUGGAGCGCACCCAGUCGGAGCCACUGCCGCCACAGCAGCCGAUGAACACAUCCAGAUACAAGACCGAGCUGUGCCGUCCGUUCGAGGAGGCCGGAGAAUGCAAGUACGGCGAGAAGUGCCAGUUCGCCCAUGGAAGCCACGAGUUGCGCAACGUGCACCGUCAUCCCAAAUACAAGACGGAGUACUGCCGCACCUUCCACAGCGUGGGCUUCUGUCCCUACGGACCGCGCUGUCACUUUGUCCACAAUGCGGACGAGGCCCGCGCCCAACAGGCCGCCCAGCAGGCGGCGGCCCAGGCAUCCAAGUCCUCACCCCAGUCGCAGUCACAGCAGUCGCCUAAGAGCAACCAGAGCAGCAAUCAGAGUAGCAACAGUAGCACCAGCAGCAGCGCCGGCGGCGGCAACAACCAUAACAACAACAACAACAACAAUAACAACAAUAGUAGCCAGUUCUAUCUGCCGCUGAGCCCACCGCUGAGCAUGAGCACAGGAUCGGACCGUGAAUCGCCCACCGGAUCACUGUCGCUCAGCCCCACCAACUCGCUGACCAGCUUCCCGUUCCACGAUGCCCUGCCGCUGCAGCACGGCUAUUUGGUCUCGAAUGGCGCCACAAGCAACAGUUCCGCCUCGUCCACAUCGUCGGCGUCUGGACUGGGUCUGGGCAUGAGCAUGGCCAUGGGCCAGGGCAUGAUCAUCGGUCAGGGUUUGGGAAUGGGUCAUCAUGGACCGGCCACACCGCCGGAGAGCCCCAAUGUGCCCAUUUCGCCAGUGCACACACCGCCGCCAUACGAUGUGGUGGUCAGUGGAUCUGGAGCGGGCAACAAUGCCUUGGGCAGCAGCAAGCAGCUGCUACAGAAGAGCGUCAGCACACCGAUGCAGCAGGAGGAUACGCCCAGGCUGCCGGUAUUUAAUCGUCUCAGCUCGGGAGUGGAGGCCUACCAGCAGCAGUCCAACUUGGGACUCUAAGGGCGAGGCGAGGCAGUCCGCAAAACAAAAAUGAAUUAAAAGCAACCAUCCAGCAUAUCCUACUCACGCCCAUCAAAGCAUCCCUCCAUCAACAAAAAACCGCAUCCUUGACAAAAUCUCAGUAACGACCUAUACCAUGGAAACUGGAAACAACUACUCUCGCAGUGCAAUCCAAACCCAAUUCAAAUUCCCCAAGGCAACUGGAUUUCCGGGGGCACAUCCUUCGAUGCAAAACAUGUGUGUAUGAAGUAUACGCCACCGAAAUAGCAGGCCACUGCCAAGCAACAGACAUACAUCCCUCCCCUUUCUAAAUAUGAACCGAUCUUUGAUAUGAAUUCUCUCAUUGCUGUGACAGUCAAACGUAAUCGUUAUAAUCGUUAUAUGAGAAGGACCGAAUAACAGACACUACGGGACAAUUAGGUAGAUAGAUACGUAAAUGACAAACAAACAAUCCAAGCAAACGAUGAUCUUAAACUAUAACUAAAUACUAAAAACUAACAAAAACAAAACAAACAAACAAAAAACAAAGCAAGCACGAAAGCUAAAGCUAAACAAAACAUUCUUAUGAACUAGACAAGAUGAAGAGACGAAGAUGACGAAAAGGACUAUUGGGAAUCUUCAGCGAAUGUUGCUCAAAUCAAAUCAAAACCCACGGCCAACGACGAAUGUGAAAAUCGUUCCUGCAUUUAUAGAAACUACUGCAGUGCACCAAUUAGAACCCAUGCACACCUGUCGCUUUUGUUCAAUACUUAUACGCCACGCACUUUGGAUAAGUCUUAUGUAAAAAAAAAAAUUGAUUACCGGCUUGUAUAUAUAUAUACAUAUAUGGCCAGCACCUGUGUAUAUAUAACUUUUGAUGUGGAUAAAUAGAGAGAUAGAGAGAAUAUAGAGUUGGUCCGAUGUCUUCCAGUCCAAGCCAAGCCAAUUAAUCAAUCAAUCCAUUCAGAUGAGAAUGAUAGACGAACAGAAAACAAUGCUAAGAAAAUUCUUUAAUUUAUUAUUUUUUGCUAAAUUUAUGUAAUAGAAAACGUUGUGUACAUACGAGAGUUAAUAUUUUGAUAAAGAUAAUAAAUUAUAAUUACCAAUUACCUUACGUUUACGGUUAAAUGAUGAUCUUGGAUGAUAUGAAUAUUAUUGAUGAUAUACCUCUGCAAAUCGUGCAACUAAUCACAACAACAAACAAACAAACAACAACAACAACCAACAACAACAACCAACGAGCAACCAACAAUUUUUCAUUUUGAGAGGAAAUUUUUAAUGGAAUUUUGUCAUUGAUUUGAGAUAUAUUAUUUUUUUGUCUGAAUGACUACGAUUCUUUGUACUAUUUAAAUCGAUCUAUGAAAUGGAAAUGCUGAUUUUUAAACACCAUAAUUUAUUUUCACAUCUAUUUACAUAAAACAUACCAGAUAUAUUUUAUAUGCAAUUAAUGUUAAUAAUUUAUGAAAACAACACAUGCAAAACACUCAGACACACACACACACACAUAUAUAUUUUGACCAUUGAUAAUUUUAUGUUUUUUAUAUGGUAUAUGCGACAGAUCAUUUUGUUUAUUAUAUAUUAUUUUUAUUUAAUUUAUUUUACAACUUUUUCUUGAUUUCUUCUAUUUUUGGGUGCAGUUAUAUAAUUUUAGUGUUAUGAGAGACCCUUAAUUUAUAUACAACUUAUAUAAAACCAUAUUAUAAUUAUGCUUACGUCGAUGAUAAUGAAGUACAUGCAUAUGUAAUAAAAGCGAAAAAAACAAAGGAAAACCUUAACAAAAAAAAGCCUAUUUAAAAUAUUUAUGUAGGGAAAACCAUCCGAAUGUCAAUCUUUGAAUGUGUCGGAAAAAAAAUGAAAGAAAAAGCGAUUUAUUUAAGGCCGGAAAGUGAAAAAAGCAACAAAAAAAAACAAAAAGCAAACUGAGUACAGUGUUAGAAAUUUAAAACCAAUUAAACUGAGCAAACGAAAUAGAAACUUAAUAGAAAUAUUUAAAUUAUUUUUGUACACAUCUUUUGCCCUAUUCAAAUGUAUAUGUAUAAAUAUGUAAACUGUAACCUGUAUACAGCGACUUUUUUUUGUGAAAAUAACUUAUAUCAGAAAAAUUGCUGAAUUGCAAUUCAAAUCAAACUAAAUCAAAUAUUUAAUUACUCCUAUUUAUUAUUAUCUCUUUCACUCGGCGUAUUAAUGUUACAUAACGACCAACAGCAGCGAGAAUUUUAAGCAUGACUUAAAACAAAAAGCAAAAAGCAAAAAAAAACGGCCGAGGAAAGAGCAAAUUCCACGCGUGUUUAUCAAUCUGUGUGCACCGCGCGCGAGGGGGGUAAAUAAUUCUCAAAGUGCCUUAUCGUUAAUAUUAUGUAUAAAUUAAAUACACACAAACACACAAAUUAUGUAUAGUCUUGUGGAAAUGGAAAAAGGAAACGCAGAGACAGAGUGCAAAAGGCAUAUUAAUUAUUUAUUAUUAUAUUAAAGUCUAUUUUAUUAUACUUUCGAUUUACUUUGAUUUUACUUCCCAUCCCAAAAACAAUUGUUUUUGUUUGUACUCCGAUACGCAUUGGAAUCGGAAUUGAUCAGAAUAGAAAGUUACGGCAGCGUGCAAAGGUUUACUGUAAUACCUAAUACCUAUAUUUAACAUACUUAUAUAUAUUAUACUGUUUUUUUGCUCCAUUUAAUUUUUAAAAACUCUAACUUAGACCUGAGCUUUGGUUAUCAUCAUGAUGAUUAUUCUAAUUUUUUUUAACGCGUUCUUCCCUUUGUACAACAAACAAAGAAAAACAAAAUAAAACUAAACUAAAACCGUGCCCCGCAUGAAGCAAGUGUGGUCUAAUCGAAAUGAAAACCUACUCUUAACACUUAUCCAAGUCGUCUUCCUUCUAAGAAAAAUGAUAAGUAAACACUAAACUAUAAUGUGGUACUCUUGAAUGAUCGAUAAACAAAGGAGAACAAGAAAUGUAAUGCCAGUUGAAUUAUACACUAUUUAUAUAUAUAUAUACUUUGUUCGUUAUUUAUAUAACCAUAUACCAUAAUUUUUUUCAUUGAUAUCCGCCUUGGCAACAACAAAUGCAGAAUCAAAACAAAAGAUAUGCAAAACAAAAAAAAAAUAAAUAAAUAAACACUUACCUUAAAAAAAAAAACAACGAAAAAGACAAAACAACUAAGAAAUGAACACAAUCUGUACAUGAAUUUUGUUAAUGCUGAAACAUGCCUAUUUAUGCUUCCAUUGCAACACUUUUGUGCGUAUUUUUAUAUAGAAAAUUAAAA